AUCAGUGUUGCUGAGCCAGUAGGUGCUUAGAGCGAACGGGCGGCAGCAAGUAGGAGGGAGUUCGACCCAAGAUCAGAAAACGAGAAGUUACUUAGGCACGGAGGAAUUACAAAAUGUCGAAACACACUACGGUCCAAUCCUCUUAUAAUAGGAUGUUCGGUAAGAACGACCACCGGUCUUCUACCGCGCGCUCGACAUACUCCAGUCGCCAGUACUCAACCCCGGCGGCACGCACCUCUCGGACAUCCUACAGCCUGUCUUCGGCUCCCUCCUAUGCUACCCGGGUCCCCAGGCUUCGAGCAAGCGCGCCCAUGCUCAGACUCAGCAGCGACACUGUGGAUUUUGCCCUCUCCGAUGCCAUCACGACUGAGUUCAAAGCGAACCGGACUAAUGAAAAGGCGGAGAUGCAACACCUCAACGACAGGUUCGCCAGCUACAUCGACAAAGUUCGGUUCCUGGAGCAGCAAAACAAGAUUCUUCUGGCAGAGUUGGAGCAGCUCCGGGGCAAGGGCUUGUCCCGUGUCGGGGACUUGUAUGAGGAGGAGAUGAGGGAGCUGCGUCGUCAGGUGGACCAGCUCACCAGCGAGAAAUCCAGAGUGGAAAUGGACAGGGACAACAUGGGAGAUGACAUCCAGAGGCUCCGGGAGAAGCUUCAGGAAGAGAUUCUACAGAGAGAAGACUCCGAGAACAACCUCCAGGCCUUCAGACAGGAUGUGGAUAAUGCUGCCCUGGCCCGUCUUGACCUGGAGAGGAAGGUGGAGUCCCUGCAGGAGGAGAUCAUCUUCCUCAGGAAGCUGCACGACGAGGAGUUAGCUGAUCUGCAAGCCCAGAUCCAGCAGCAGCAUAUCCAGAUUGACAUGGACGUGGCCAAGCCAGACCUGACUGCAGCUCUCAGGGACGUCCGGAUGCAGUACGAGACCCUGGCCACCAAGAACAUCCAGGAGUCGGAAGACUGGUACAAGUCUAAAUUUGCUGACCUGUCUGAAGCAGCAGCUCGCCACAACGACGCCAUCCGCGCGGCCAAACAGGAAGUGGGAGAGUACCGCCGGCAGGUACAGGCGCUCACCUGCGAGGUCGACGCCCUCAAAGGCACGAAUGAGUCCCUGGAGCGGCAGAUGAGGGAGAUGGAGGAUGGCUUCUCCACCGAGGCCUGUGCCUACCAGGAGAAUAUUGUGCGCCUGGAGGAGGAGAUCCACAACAUGAAGGACGAGAUGGCGCGUCACCUGCGCGAGUACCAGGACCUGCUCAACGUCAAGAUGGCCCUGGACAUCGAGAUCGCCACCUACAGGAAGCUGCUGGAAGGAGAGGAGAGCAGAAUCACCACUCCAUUGCCCAACUUUGCUUCCUUAAACUUGAGAGAGUCUAUGAUGGAAGUCAGACCAGGCAUGGAGAGCAUGAAGAGGGUGUUGAUCAAGACUAUUGAGACCAGAGAUGGAGAAGUGAUCAAUGAGUCAACCCAAGAUCACGAUGACCUGGCGUGAGCUGCUGCAUAUGUUGCCUGUGAUGGAGGAAAGCAUGAUGGGGAGGAGGAGGAGGAGGAGGAGGAGAAUGAUGGGAAGAAUGAAGGACCAGAAGGGGGUUGGUUAAAGAAAGGGGAGGGGUAAAGCAUGAUGUGGGUGGGGGUGUCUGACUGAGAACAAAAAAGAGAGAAGGGUCAAGGAAUGUCUACAUUUGUUUAUGUGAAGGUUUUACUUAAAGGUUAACAAAACAAAACACAGAAAAUAAAAUAAAAAAAACAAAACAAAAA